GGCGGGAAGCGGAAAAGAUCCUAGAAGGGCUCCUUCCCGGAGCGGGGUGGGGGUGGGGAGGAGGGAAGAGGGAAAGGCGCGCCCGAGGGUCGGGACGUCCAAAGGCACGUGGGUCGCCUGAGUCAAGUGAGCGCAGCCGGGAGGGAGAGUGUGGGCCCGGCGCGCCUGGCGGGCUCUCCUCCUGCACCUGCGAGGGGAAGGGACACCUCUCUCAAAAAGGUUUUGCUGUUACUGGAAGCUGAAGGUCCUUUUGAUUGAAGGAAUAUUUAGAUCUAUUCGUUGUGAGGUUUUAUGAUAUACCUGAAGACAAUGACCCGAUCAUGACUCUCUUCCAGUGGUGUAAUAUAUCUGUAAUGUUUUGUCCUAGUGGCAAAUUUUUGGUUCAAAGACUGCUGUAAACUGGAGCUGUACACAAAACUAUCAGCACAAUGCUGCCACAAUCGACCAAAAUGCAGAAACCGUUCCAGCUGGCAUUUAGGACAUGUUUGCUAUCCUAUCGCUCCUGUAUCUUUCCAUACAUCAAAGGGAAAACAUCCUUACAUCCAAUAAGGCAGGAAAAGAUGUCCCUGGUGCUAAGCUGCCAAAGUCAACAUCUGCAUAUGUCCGCUCCUUUUGGGGUUUCCAAAGAAGGGGGCUUGAUGGGCAAGACAUCUUCCCAACCUGAAGACCCUCAAAAUAAAGAACCAAAGGGAGAAAAUCUUACCACGUCGGCUGGUAAUUUUGCCAAGGAAAUACCUAUACAGCCCAAUUCUGAAGAACUUGACCCUUUACAAGAUAAAUCCAUUAGCCUUGUGCAAAGAUUCAAGAAAACUUUUAAACAGUAUGGCAAAGUUCUGAUUCCUGUGCACCUUUUGACCUCCAGCAUAUGGUUUGGAACUUUUUACUAUGCAGCUUUAAAGGGAGUAAAUGUCGUUCCAUUUCUUGAAUUCCUAGGGUUGCCUGAAAGCAUUGUAAACAUCCUAAAGCAUUCUCAAAGUGGAAAUGCAUUAACUGCCUAUGCAUUGUAUAAGAUUGCAACUCCAGCCAGAUACACAGUGACAUUAGGAGGAACAUCCAUCACUGUGAAGUAUCUUCGCAAGCAUGGAUAUAUGUCCACACCACCUCCAGUGAAGGAAUAUAUUCAAGACCGAAUGGAAGAAACAAAAGAACGAAUCUCGGGAAAAAUGGAGGAAACAAGAGACAUGAUUAGUGGCAAAAUGGAAGAAACAAAAGAAAAAUUAACUGAGAAAAUGGAAGAAACAAAAGAGAGGAUAACUGAAAAGAUACAAGAAACCAAAGAGAAAGUUUCAUUUAUAAAGAAAAAAGAAUAGGAAAUUUAGAGUAAAAGGUGAUGUUUUUAAUCCAUUAGAAUAUCUGAAAUGUAUUUUCUUGCUACUGUUCAUGUCUAUUUUGUUAUAGGCUGACUAGACAUUUGAAAGCUAAAAAGAUAACGCUUAAGACUUGCACUGGCCUUAAUAGAAUUAUCCAACAUUUUCCAAUGUAUGAUGUAGUAAAUGCCACGGUUCUCUCCACAACUCAGUUCCUGAAAAAUAUUCUUUGGUCGUCCCACCAGUGACUUGAAUGAACAUUUGAUGAAGCUGAUAUUCUUGCCUGGCAUCACUCACCUUGUUGUAAAACAAAGUAUUUAAAAUGGCUCAGUCAUGUAAACAAUGUCUUGAAUAUUAGAAAUUGUGUCAAUAUUUGUAUAUUAAUUAAUCUUACUAUCUCUAGAAAGAUCAGGUAACUAGAAAGCUGUUAUGUUCCAUAUUCCUUUUAUAAAAAAAAUGACUGAAAAUGAUGCGUGAGGCUCAAUGAAAUGGUACUAAAUGUAAUUGCAUAUUUAUAUUGCAAAAUGGAUUUUGAUUCUUUAGGCUAAAGUAAGUAUUACAUUUCAUAUCACUGAUAAAGCUUUAAAAAUGAAGGAGAUAGAUCUAUCUUUUUUCAUGGAGUACACAUUUACAUCUUUUUAGCCUAGUUAAAAAAGGGGGGAAAUGCAACCAUUUUUGUAAAAAAAAAUCCUCCAAUGUUAUUAGAGGCUAAACAUAGUAAUAGUACAAUAAUAACAUCAUUGUAUUAUUGAAUACUAUAGAUUCAUCUCAGGUGGGGUUUUGGAUAUUUGUAGGGCGACGGCUGAGAUCAAGAGACUAUAAUAUCCAAUGUAUUAUUUUGGUGAUCCCAACUCUGAACAUUGGCAUUCCAGGUAUUUCUCCUGUAAUGAGAAGAGGUCAUGGGCAGGUAACAGAAUAAAACAGAGAUCUCCAAACUUGGCAACUUUAAGACUUGUGGACUUCAAGUUUCAGAAUUCUCCUGCUGGCUGGGGAACUCUUGGAGUUGGAAUCCACAAGUCUUAAAAUUGCAAAGUUUGGAGACCCCUGGAAUAAGGGAUGAAAGCAUCAGGGUGAGAAGAAUUUUAGAAAUGACUGUCAUAUCCAUGUUAAGAUCCAUGGUUUAUAUCACUAUCUCUGUUGUGAUUUGAAAGAAUGCUUUCAAAGUGCUUUAUAUUAAUGUAAGUCAAACACUUUGUUAAGUAAUAAUUCAAUUACCGUAUUUUUCAGAAUAUAAGACACUCCAAAGUAUAAGACACACCUAGCUUUGGGGGGGGGGGGG